ACAUGCGAUUGCCACUAACAGAGUCUUUACUAGAGCUUGGCCUGUUUCUCUAAUGUCUGAUGAGUGAACGAUUGAUCCCGCCAAAGACACUGAGCUGAGGAGAGUGAGAAAUCAAGAAGCAUUCAAAAACUCGUUAGCUAAAGGAAAGAUUCUGCGAAGAUGAGUACUAUGAAAUUUUGUCGCGAAUGUAAUAACAUUCUCUAUCCCAAGGAAGAUAAGGAGCAGUCGAUUCUACUCUACGCUUGCCGUAAUUGUGAUCACCAGGAAGCAGCGGAUAACAACUGUGUUUACAGAAACGAGGUUCAUCACUCUGUCAGUGAACAAACUCAGAUCCUGUCCGACGUUGCUUCCGACCCUACUCUUCCACGUACCAAGGCAGUGCGUUGUGCCAAGUGUCAACACGGGGAAGCUGUCUUCUUCCAGGCCACGGCUAGAGGCGAGGAAGGAAUGACGCUGUUUUUCGUCUGCUGCAACCCGAACUGUAGUCACCGUUGGAGAGAAUAGGAACUAUGGAAGAUAACAUUUUUUCAUCUGAUUAACGUGUAUCUGAGUUCCUCUUUAUGAGUUUGAUGCAAUCCAAUUUGGAGUUUUAUGUGUACAAACAUGAAUAUUGUUGAGGAAUGUUCUCGGGUUCUUGAACUUUCAGGGUCUUUUGUGAUCAUUUCAGUUUUUAAUUGGGUCUAAUUAUAAAUCUAUUGGUAUC